AUGUCGGUGAAUUACGAGACGUUCUCUUUCGCUGCGGAUCCUCAGGAGCCCACUACUGAACAACAGUCCAAGCCCAGAGUCAAGCGCGAACGAUCAGAUGCGCGUAAAAACCAGGUCGUCGCACUCGUAUUCCUGAGACAGGGCUCAUUGGACGGUGAGCAAUGGAAGAAUGUUGCUGCCUUUGUCACCUACACGCUACAAGAAGAGCUUUCGAUCAGACGUUCACUCUCGACUCCUCGCCGUUUCUUGGAUGGUCCUGAAGACGGUCAAGGUUGCCGAGUAUUGGAGAUUGCCAUCCCGCUGCCUCAAAAGAACCCCUCACCUACUCUUUUGGAAUGCUCCGCGAUAACCCGGACUGCAUCCAUCGUCAGCCUGUGCCAGCGCCACAACAUUGAGAUUGUGUUGCAACCACAAGCCUUGUACGUGGCUCACAGAACUCCGGGCCUUGCUGUGUUCGAUAUGGACAGUACCUUGAUUCAGCAAGAAGUUAUCGAUGAACUGGCUCGCGCUGUGGGUCGUUAUGCUCAAGUCUCUGCCAUUACCGAAGCAGCCAUGCGCGGAGAGGCUCCGUACACUGAUUUCGAGGCAUCUUUACGCGCUCGUGUCGGUCAUCUUGCUGGUGUACCUGUCUCCAUCUGGCAACAUCUCCGUGCUGGUAUCAUCUCAUUCACUCCGGGAGCUCGUGAGUUGAUACGCGUGCUUCGUAAACUCGGCUGGAAGACCGCUGUGUUGAGUGGUGGAUUCACACCCCUGGCUGAAUGGGUACGACAAGAAUUGGGCUUGGAUUACUGCUAUGCCAACCACCUCGUCGAGACGGAUGGUCAUUUGACAGGCGAGCUGGUGGAGGGCAUGCCUAUCAUUCACGCCGAGAAGAAACGUACAUUGCUCUUGUCUAUUGCCGAGAAGGAGGGCAUCCCGCUGGAGAAUGUGAUCGCUGUGGGCGACGGAAGUAAUGAUCUGCUGAUGAUGCACCAAGCUGGUCUUGGAAUUGCCUUCAAUGCAAAGCCAAAGGUCCAACUUCAAGCUCCUACCAAAAUCAACGCCGACGGUCUAUUGGACGUUGCUUACAUUCUUGGCUACACCGUCGAGGAGGUGACUGAGAUUCUGCGCCAGGAGAUGGUGUUGGAAGGCGGUCAAUACGUGCUCAAAAAGCUUGUCUGA